AACAAACAAAAACGAGGCGUCGAUAUGGCAAUUUUGCAGCAACUUGAGCGCAGUUAGUCGACAACGGCGCGCAUUGCACUGCAAACAAUUGACAAGUGGACAAGUGGACACUGGACAGUGGACAAGUGAAUUGAAUUGGCUUUCAUUGACCUCGUUAGGUAGUCACAAACAGUAAUGUCGUUUCUGGUGGAGUACACGGAGCCCCUUUGGCGGGAUUUAGAUAUGCGCGCAUUGCGCGCCGACGAGGCCUAUUUGUAUCUCCACACGCAAUAUGCCGCACGCAGCUAUCUCUAUGCUCUAUCCGAUGAAUGCUAUACGUGUCCGUACAGUAAAGUGAAAGCUCUGCCCGCUGCUGCGUCGCUGACUACGCUGGAACCGUUAAAGCUCAGCACUGCAAACGCUUUGAGUUUCAAAAUUUAUGCACACGAUCAGGGUCACUAUGCCUACGAGAAUGUUUCAUCGUUGUGUGCGCUGCGUCGCAGCGAUCUUCAAGAAUUUGGCGUCUAUAAUCUCACACUGCUGCCCAACGGCAGCUGCAACUUUGCCGUGGACAAGCCCGGCGUUCCCAUUAAUUACGCAUUUCUGUCCGUAUUUGUGUUGGUGGCAUCGCUGCUAAUUCUACUGAAGCUGGUUAGCUGUGCCUGGAAACGAUAUCGCUACGAUGAAGCCGCUGCCGUUGCGGACAGCAUUGGGGAUGCCGCUGCGAAGGCGACGCAACGCAAACGUUUGCGCAGCCUGGACACGUUUCGUGGAUUGUGCAUUGUGCUGAUGAUAUUUGUGAACAGCGGUGGCGGCGGCUACAGUUGGAUCGAGCAUGCCGCCUGGAACGGCCUCCAUCUGGCUGACAUCGUAUUUCCCAGCUUUCUCUGGAUUAUGGGCGUCUGCAUACCGCUUUCGAUUAAGGCGCAACUGGCACGCGGCACCAGCAAGACACGCAUUUGCCUGCGUAUUGUGUGGCGCGCCUGCAAACUGUUUGCCAUCGGUCUCUGUCUCAACUCAGUGAAUGGGCCGCAGUUGGAGCAACUGCGUCUGAUGGGCGUUCUGCAGCGCUUUGGCAUUGCCUAUCUGCUUGUCGCAAUCUUGCACACGGUGUGCAGCCGACGAGAUCAGCUCAGUCCGCAGCGUGCCUGGCAGCGGGCCAUCUAUGACAUAUGUCUGUUUAGCGGAGAGUUUGCCGUGCUCUUGGCUUUAAUUGCCACGUACUUGGGUCUCACAUUCGGGUUACGCGUGCCGGGCUGCCCGGUCGGAUAUUUGGGCCCUGGCGGCAAGCAUAACAAUGCCGCCCAUCCCAAUUGCAUUGGCGGCGCUGCUGGCUACAUUGAUCUCCUGGUGCUCGGCAAUGCGCACAUCUAUCAGCAUCCCACGGCCAAAUAUGUCUACGAUGCCACCGCAUUCGAUCCAGAGGGUAUCUUCGGCUGCCUGCUGAGCGUGGUGCAGACACUGUUGGGCGCCUUUGCUGGUGUCACGCUGCUGGUACACAGCACCUGGCAGGGUCGACUGAAACGUUGGCUGCUGGUCGCCACAGUGUUGGGUCUACUCGGCGGCGCUCUGUGCGGCUUCUCCAAGGAGAACGGCAUCAUUCCGAUCAACAAGAAUCUGUGGUCGCUGUCGUUUGUCUUUGUGACCGCCGCCUUGGCUCUGGUGCUGCUCUCCCUAAUCUACUAUGUGGUGGAUGUGCGGCAGUUGUGGUCCGGUUAUCCGUUCAAGGAGUGCGGCAUGAAUGCGAUCAUCAUGUAUGUGGGACACACCAUUAUGCAUAAAAUGCUGCCCUGGCACUGGCGCAUCGGUUCGAUGAACACACACUUUCUGCUCCUGCUGGAGUCCACGUGGAACACACUACUCUGGGUCGGCAUUGCCCUGUAUCUGGAUACCAGAGAGUUGUACUAUAGUCUCUAAACUGUUGGUCGAUUUGCCACUUUUUAUCUUAUAAUUUACUGCCUAUAUUAUAUAUAUAUAUAUGUGUUUUUUACGCACAGGAUAUUGUGAUUUUGCGCUCAAAGACGGUUCGACACUGUAAAAUAAAUAGUUGGAUUGUUUAAAGCAUCCACAGUCAUCAAAAUCAAAUUGCAAA